ACAAGCGGUGGGAGCAAAAUGGCGGACGAAGAUAUUACGCUUGAUGGAAAACCUCUACAAUCACUCCGAGUUGCGGAUUUGAAAGCCGCCCUGGAGCAGAGAAACCUCCCGAAGAGCGGACAGAAAAACACACUUAUAAAGCGACUGAAAGGGGCACUGAUGUUGGAGAAUCUGCAGAAGUCGUCAUCCUCUCACAGUGGGCUACAGCCCAAUUCACAGAUUGGUGAGGAGAUGAGCCAGAAUAGCUUCAUAAAACAAUACCUGGCCAAACAGCAGGAGCUUCUUCGCCAGCGGCUGGAGAGAGAGGCCCAGCAAGAAGAAGAGGAUGAAGAAAGCCCAGCAGGGCCUGAGGAUGAUGAAGAUGACCAGUCUGAGGAUGACAGCUCCUCCUUUGUACCUGAUAAGCAGCAUCGCUCCUUACACUCACAACCCUCAAUGACAAGAGAGGAGAAAAGAGGAGGAGAUGCAGCGUUGGGUCAUGCAAUGAUGGCAUGUGGUGCCAACUUGGGUCCUUCUGCUACCCUCUGCCCUCAGGAGUCCCUCAAGGCUCCAGGAGCUUGGAUGCAGCGAGCUGCCUUUCUUCAAGGACAUAAGGAGCCACCAGCUCCCUCUCCUCCUCGUGCUGUAGCCUCUUUGUCUGUGCGAGUCCUGGGUCAACCCGACCGCCAAGGGCUGCCUCCUGCUGUACCCCGAGCACAGGAGAAGGAGGGCACUGCACCCAGUGAACCAGGAUCAGCUCAUCCUGUCCUACACCUCAGCCGAUCUGCCAGAGUCUCAGCAGGAAGUCGUGCCCAGGAGGAUGACGACGAAGACGACAGUGGGGAUGAUGAAAGUGAUGAUGACGAUGAUUGGGGGCCUGGUCCUGGCGGGGCACGAAGAGGCAACAGGGUGCCGCCCCAGCCUCAGCAGAUGCCCCCCAGUGCCCCAUCAACAGCUGCAAGAUCCAAACGCAAACUUCAGCCUCCACAGCACAUCCCGCCACCACAGGUACACCACACCCCAAUGCAACUGCGCCAUCCAACUCCUCCUCCCUCUCCCCCUCCUGACCUGUUCCCCCUCCCUGACACUCCCAAGCAGAGCCCACCAGAUGCAGACAACCAGGAAAGAGAAGGCCCUGGAGCUGCACGGAGACCAAGGGUGGGGUCUUUCCCUCCUUCCUCACUGCAGAGGCAAGACUCUGACUCCAGCUCUCGUUCCAGCAGCCCCGAGCCCCCUGUGAAACGUAAACCAGGGCCCCUUUCUCUGCUUGUACACAAGAUGGAGAAAGAGGGGGCUUUCACCUCAUCUGCAGGGAUUUCAGGAGAAUCAGCACACUCCACUGCUGGGCCUACUUCCUCCAGUGAAUCUCCUCUGCAAAAGCUGGAGAGAAAGAGGCUUCAAGAGGACAAGGAGAUGGAGGAAGAGAAGCGACUGAAAGAGGAGAAGGAAAGAGAACGACAAGGGGAGCAGGAGAGAGAAAGAAGGAAGAUUCAAGAACAGGAGCGAGAGAAGAAACGACUGGAAGAAGAGAAGGAGAGGAAACGACUAGAAGAAGAAAAGGAGAAAGAAAGGAAACAACUGGAAGAAGAGAAACGGCGUCAAAAGGAGGAACGAGAAAGAGAGAGAAAACACCAGGAACAGGAAAAAGAGAGAAAACGCCAGGAAGAGGAGAAAGAAAAAGAGAGAAAACGUCAGGAAGAGGAGAAAGAAAAAGAGAGAAAACGUCAGGAAGAGGAAAAAGAGAGGAAACAUCAGGAAGAGGAAAAAGAAAAAGAGAGGAAACAUCAGGAAGAGGAAAAAGAAAAAGAGAGGAAACAUCAGGAAGAGGAAAAAGAAAGACUUCGUAAACGCCAGGAAGAAGAAAAAGAAAAACUUCGAAAGCGCCAGGAAGAGGAGAAAAGAGAGAAAAGAAAAGAAGAGCAUCAGAUGCAGGGGAGGGCCCACAAAGGCAGGGUGACUGUGACUGCGGCUCAAGAUUCCUCAUCAGAUUCAGACUCCUCCUCUCACUCCUCUCAAUCUUCUUCUUCUUCCCAGGAGAAAAUUCACCCUUCAAAGCCACUGAAGAAGGCAGGCCAAGGGCAAGCAGCAGAGGAACCAAAAAAGACAACCCUUGGCAAAGAGGCAGACAAAUCCCAUCUCUCAAAAAGGGAGGUGUCGGAGCCCAGCGCAGCUGCCGUCACUGAGGUGGAACCGGACUCUGAGAACUCUGUGGCCCAACAGCCGCCCUCCGGCGCUGAACCGGAGAACAGCGAGAGUUGCCUGGAGGAGAGCACCACCCCUAAGGCUUUCGUUGCACGCAAGAUCUCUCUGACAAGCGCCAAGUCGUCCCCAGCCACCACAGACGGAGGAGGAGGAGAUGCUGACAGCGUUACUGCAGCAGGGAGGAAGAGGAGGUGGGGCUCCAGCACAUCAGUGACAACAAAGAAGCCAUCAAUCAGCAUCACCACGGACUCACUGAAGUCUUUGAUCCCAGACAUCAAACUGACCCAGGAGGCGGUGGUGGAGCUGCACCCAGAGGAGCUUCAGCUGUCCGGGGACGAGGAGAGUCCAGAUGCAAGCCGGGGCGACCAGGACCAAGGCCUGAAGAUCAGACGCACGGUCACACAGGUCGUUCCGAGUGACGGCCAGGAGAAUGGGCAGACAAAUGACGAUGAGGAGGUGGAGAAAGUGGAAAAAGAAAUCCAACGACGAAGUUCUCGAGACAGAAGGAAAAACAGUGUUUCUGAGGAAGCCUCUGAAACGCAGGUGUCAGUGAAGAUAGAAGUAGAAGCCCAAAAAGUCACCCCGAGCGACAGCCUGGUGCGCCGCUCCAUCAGUCAACAAAAGUCUGGAGUGUCGAUCACCAUCGACGACCCCGUCCGCACAAACAGGCAGCCAUCGCCGCCUCACGGCAAAAUCUCAAACAUCAUCCAUGUGACCAACCUGGUUCGACCGUUCACUCUGGGCCAGCUCAAAGAGCUUCUGAACAGGACAGGCAGCGUGGUGGAGGAUGGCUUCUGGAUCGACAAAAUCAAGUCUCAUUGCUUUGUUACAUACGCUACCAUGGAGGAGGCAGUUGCUACCAGGACCGCCCUCCAUGGGGUCAAAUGGCCUCAGAGCAAUCCCAAAGUCCUCAGUGUCGACUUCUGUGAGCAGGAUGAGCUGGACUUCCACAAAGGAAUCCUGAAACCUGAGAAGGAGGAGAAGGACCAUGUCACCCAGCCAGGCACUCCUCAAACCCGACUGCCCCCUCUGAUGCCCGAGCGAGACCGAACCAGAGAGAGAGACCGGGACAGAGACAGAGAACGGGAGCGAGAACGGGAGCGGGACAGAGGCGGCGUUGGGGGGGUGGGAGGUGUGAGGGACCUGUGGGCGGAGCGAGAGCGAGAGAUGGAGCGACGGGAACGAACCAGAGGCGAACGGGAGUGGGACCGGGAUAAGAUCAGGGAAUUCGCAAGACCAGGAGAGGAUGGACGGCGGUCUCGAUCCAGAGAGAGGGAGAGGAGGAGGAGAGAGAGGAACAAAAGCAAAGAGAGGAAGACGGAUAAGAAAGAAAAAGGAGAUGAGCCUCCUGCCAAACUGCUGGAUGAUUUGUUCCUAAAGACCAAAGCAGCCCCCUGUAUAUACUGGCUCCCCCUCACUGAGGAGCAGGUGGCGCAAAGGCUCCUGGACCUCACAGAGAGGCAGAAAGAACGCGAACGACGACGCAAGGAGCGAGAAGAGGAGGACAAGAAGCGAGAGGAGGAGAAGAAGGAGAGGCUGAAGAUCCGAGAGAAAGACGGCAACACGACGGCAAGCGGCGGUGGAGGAGGAGGAGGAGCUGGGCGAGGAGCUGACGGAGACAGAGAGAGAGAGCGCGGACGAGACAGGGAGGGGGACAAGAGGAGGGACAGCGGCCACCGGCCCAGACGGCCAUCUGCAGGCGCCGGGAACGGACGACGCUCUCGUAGCCGAAGCAACCCGAGAGACAGACGCCGCUGACGGGGAGGUAAAGAGACGAGAAGAUGAAGAGAGAGGAGUGUCAUCGCUGAGAAGAGGAAACUGCAGAUGAGAAUAUAUUGGGGAAAUGUGUCUCUCUUUUCUCAUUUCAGCUCCUCACCGCCUGUCCCACCAGGCCGUCCACAUUGACGCCGGCAUUGUCUUCCACACACUUCUGCCAUUUUUCCCAACAUGCCUCAUUCAUGUUUUGUAAAAAGUAAGAUGACAGUUCAUGUAGCGCCCACUCUUAUGCCCUCUCAUUGUCUUCCAGAAUUCAAAGCGAGUCCUGCCACUCCUCCUCCUCUUCUCUGUCGUCUGUAAAGUCUCCGCAGUGUCAGGAAAAAAACAGAGAGGGCUCUGGUGGUUUUUGUCCCUUGAGGUUUUGGAGCCCGCCUCUUUAUUUUAGUUCUGCGGGCGCGCAGUUUCCUUCCUCCUCUGAGCCCUGUAAUAAAACAAGUUCAAAAUAGAUCCCUGACCUUCAGAAAUUUUCUAGGAUCAGUUUUAGCGUUCUUCUUUUCAGCACCGACUUUUUUUUUUUUAAUACAGAUACGAUGACUACAAGCUGUUUGUCAGAAAUGAGGAAAGUUGUUUUGAAUUAUUCUGAAUCAUGUUCGUUUUUCAGCCUCGGAGGAUCAUUGUGUGAUGUCCCACAAAAUACAACUCAAGUCUGAACACUGUAAAAGUGUGUGACAGCCCGAGCGUCCACUGUGGAUGUUUGUGGCCAGGAUGUGAAAUUAUUGUGACGUUUACUCUAAUAAUUUUGGGAAGCUGACCUCCCCUGCACUGACCCUUCAAUCAGAUAUAUUUAAGAAGAGGUACUAAUAAAACUGUACCUUCUAAUAGAGUAAUGGUGAAAAUUUUAAUCUUAAUUUUAUGUUUUUAGUUGGAAACAGUUAUUUUUGUUGCUUUUUUCUCCUCCUGAAGUGCUGAAUGUACUGAGAAUUUAAGAAAUAAAUUUAAAUUGC